CUCCUCCCCUCCCCUUCGCUCGUGCCCAUUAACGUCCACCAUAUGACGUGUUAAAUACCCCCGAGUCUGGAUUACUGAGUGUUUUUAAACAAAAAUGGCUAAAAUAUCGUUUUCACCCAAAGCUUAUUGCAAAAUUGUUCUACACGCAGCUAAAUAUCCACAUUGCGCCAUAAAUGGAUUACUUCUGGCUAAACAUAAAAAGGGGGAGGGCAAAUCCAGUGAUGUACAUAUAGAAGAUGCUAUUCCAUUAUUUCAUCAGUGUCUCCAUGUCUCGCCCAUGUCAGAAAUAGCGUUGGGUUUGGUCGAUCAAUUUGCCAUGGAGAAUGGAAUGGACAUCGCUGGCUAUUAUUUGGCUAAUGAACUUCUCAACGACAUGUGUACGGAGAAACCUGGGCACAGGAUAGCUGAUAAAAUUGCUGAUAAUUUUGGAAAUGCAGUGAUGGCUGUGGUAGAUAACAGAGAGUUCACUCAUAAUAUGGGCACAAAUCUCCUUCGAAUCUCGCAGUACCAGGACGGAGUGUGGAAGAUCCAGGAUAAAGCAGACAUUGCUUACGAUGAUGGAGAAGCCAUAGCUGGAGCCAUCGAGUCCCUCCUGAGGGAAGAGCGAUACCGGCAGUUGAUCGAUUUCGACAAUCACCUGGACAACAUAUCCCUGGACUGGCACAACCUUGAGCUCAACAAAAUAAUUAAAAAAACUAUUUCAACUCAAUGAUAAUUCACUCUUUAAUGCAUUCCAAUCAAGAAUUUUUCCGUCUGUUAGUUGAAAUAAUUGUAAUUGUUCAUGUACAUAAAAUUCAAAGCAUUUUCAACGGGUCAGAGUAAAAAUAAAAUCUGCACAUGGAUGAAAGAGAAAUAAACAGUUUUUAUUCUU